AUGGCUGCUCGGAUGUUGCAGAGGCGUAUAGGCUCACUCUUCCUCAGCAAUCAGCAGCAGCACGCCAAACUCUUCAAAGAGCAAUUUGUUCCUUCUGUGAGUUCUGUACUCUGGAAAUAUGGAUUUGACAAAAGGGAUUUUCAGACGCAAACAAAUGCAACCAAUCUAGUUAAUGAGGGUUUGGCAGAUCAUGGAGAUGGCGGUUUGAAGCCUAAUUGUGACUCGAAUAACUCUCCGUCCCUCUCAAAUGCUAUCGACAGUUCUGAUGUCAAUUUUUCUGCCGCUGCCAACUUGAAAACAUCCCCAAGGCAUGACCUUGCCAUGCUUUUUACUUGCAAGGUCUGUGAAACAAGAUCUAUGAAGACGUGCAGUCGAGAAUCAUACGAGAGUGGUGUGGUGGUAGCGCGUUGUGGCAGGUGUGAUAAUCUCCACCUGAUUGCUGAUCAUCUUGGGUACUUUGGAGCACCUGGAACCAUCGAGGACUUUCUGGCUGCCCGCGGGGAGGAGGUGAAAAAAGGUUCUGCUGAUACACUGAAUCUGACUGUUGAAGAUUUAGCCGGAAAGAAAGUUUGA